GAAACGUCAAACUGCUUCUUCUUCUUCGAUUGUUUUUCUUGGUGUUCUUCUUGUUCUGAUGUGGUCCAAAAGUCAGAAAAGAGUUUGUCAAAAGUUAUAUCAUCGUCUGGUUGCAGCUUUCCCGUGCAAUUUUUGACUUUCUCGGUGAUAUCGUAGCGAAUUCGCACGCGAUCCAAAGACCGACACGAUGGCUGCCAGGAAAUGGUUCUCGUCCUUUUUCCCAACGGUAAAGGCCCAGGAGGAGGAAGAUAUCGUUGACCCACAGACGGUGCUGCGGGAAAAGUGCGCCCAGCAGGGACACACUAGCCAACUGUGGGACAAAUACCAGGCAUGCAAUGAGCGUGUGAGCAGCCGCUCCCAAACUGCGGAAACCUGCGUCGAAGAGCUGUUCGAUUAUCUGCACGAACUGGAUCACUGCGUUUCAAAGACCCUGUUCGCGAAGCUGAAGUAAAGCGCUC